UCGAAUUGUGAGAUUAGUCUUGAAAAAAUUAAUCGAGGAAGCUUCUCUUAUUAUCCUGCCAGCGAUGAUGAUGUCCUGAAUAUUUAUAUAAAUAAUUUGAAGGAAAUCGCGAUUCUUUUCUGUUAUGAAACCCGCUCUCUUAGGCAUUUGAUCGAACACUUGGCGUGUGCAAGUCUCCGAGCAUGGCAGAGUUCGCAGAGCUCGAAUCUCAAGAUGGAGUUAGAAUGCCAUGGAACAUCAUCCCCGUCGCAACCACCAAGGACCACCAACCCAUCGACUCCGAGAUCCCAGUUUCCGCCAUCUACACACCUCUCGCCCACUCCACCCCUCUCCUCCCUUACGCUCCCCUCCGUUGCCGCACUUGCCGCUCCGUCUUAAACCCUUACUCCGUCGUCGACUUCUCCGCCUCCACCUGGGGCUGCCCUUUCUGCUUCAAUCGCAACCCCUUCCCGUUAAACUACUCCUCGAUCUCCGACACCAAUCUCCCCCCGGAGCUUUUCCCUCGCUCCACAACCGUCGAGUACCUCUCCUCCUCCUCCUCCUCCUCUCCCCCUCCCGUCUUCCUCUUCGUCGUUGACACUUGCCUCUUCUCCGACGAACUCGAUUUCCUCAGAUCGUCUCUCUCCCAAGCCCUCGAUCUCAUCCCCGACGUCUCCGUCGUCGGACUCAUCGCCUUCGAUUCGUUAGUCCGCGUCUACGAGCUCGGGUUCCCGCACUGCAACAAAUCUUACUUCUUCCAUGGAAACAGAGACUGUUCCAAAGAUCAGCUCCUUGAUCAGCUCUCUUUCUUCGUCAAGAGCCCUAAACCUUCUUCCGGCGUCAUCGCCGGCGUUCGUGACGGUCUCUCCGCAGAAGACAUUGCUCGGUUUCUCCCACCAGCUGCCGAUUGCCAGUUUACUCUCCACUCCGUUCUUGAGGAGCUUGGAAGCAGCCAGUGGCCGGCUGCACCUGAUCACCGCCCCGGGAGGUGCACCGGUGUUGCGCUUCGUAUAGCUGCUUGUCUCUUAGGAGCUUGCUUUCCUGGCUCCGCUGCUAGAAUCAUGGCUUUUGUUGGUGGACCUUCCACUCUAGGCCCUGGAGCUAUUGUUUCCCGGGAGCUUUCGGAACCAAUCCGUUCUCAUAAGGACAUUGAUAAAGAUUCUGCUCCGUGUUAUCAAGAAGCUGUAGAGUUCUAUGAGAAGCUUGCGAAACAACUUGUUCACCAAGGCCAUGUUCUUGAUGUUUUCGCGAGUUCUGUUGAUCAGGUUGGCAUAGCUGAGAUGAAAGUUGCAGUUGAGCAGACAGGUGGGUUUGUGGUGCUUGCUGAAAGUUUUGGCCAUUCGGUGUUUAGGGAUUCUCUCAAGCGGGUGUUUCAGUCAGGUGAAAAUGAUCUAGGCUUGUCCUCAUGUGGUAUAUUUGAAAUUAACUGCUCAAAGGGUGUCAAAGUUCAGGGAAUCAUUGGCCCUUGUGCAUCUCUCGAAAAGAAAGGACCGUUAUGCUCUGACACUGGCAUCGGUCAGGGCCACACAAGCGCGUGGAAGAUGUGUGGCCUUGGUAAAAGUACUUCCGUAUGUUUAGUUUUUGAAAUUGCUAAAAGGGAGACAGCUGAUGUCGUUCUGCAGUCGCAGAUCAACCAGUUCUACUUCCAGUUUUUAACAUAUUAUCAGCACUCAAAUGGUCAAACAAGGCUCCGGGUUACAACUCUUUCAAGAAGAUGGGUCAUGGGAACUGAAAACUUACAGGAGUUGACAAAUGGAUUUGACCAAGAAGCAGCUGCUGUAGUUAUGGCACGACUUAUUUCUUUCAAAAUGGAGACUCAGCCUGAGUUUAAUCCCCAACGGUGGGCGGACAAAGCUUUAGUAAAUCUAUGCUCCCGGUUUGGAGAGUACCAAAAGGGCAAUGCUUCUUCAUUUAACCUACCUUCUCAGUUAUCAAACUUCCCUCAGUUUGUGUUUCACUUGCGCCGAUCUCAGUUUGUCCAGGUCUUUAACAACAGCCCAGACGAGACAGCAUAUUUUCGAAUGAUAUUGAACCGAGAGAACGUUUCGAAUUCAGUCGUUAUGAUUCAACCUUGGCUGGUUUCUUUCACAUUCAAUUCACAGCCAGAACCAAUUCCUCUUGAUGUGGCAUCCAUUGCAGCUGAUAGAAUCCUACUGUUGGAUGCGUACUUCACACUCGUAAUAUUUCACGGUGCUACAAUCGCUCAAUGGAGAAAAGCUGGAUACCAUCAUCAACCUGAGCACCAGGCACUUGUGCAUCUGUUGCAGUCUCCUCGAGACUAUUCAGAUACAAUAAUAAACGAAAGGUUUCCCAUUCCGCGUCUUGUCAUAUGCGAUCAAUAUGGUUCACAGGCUCGUUUUCUACUAGCAAAACUGAAUCCUUCAUCAGAUGGAAAUGGUCCUUUUUCCGGAGGGAGUAAUGUAUUCACAGAUGAUGUUAGCUUGUCUGUGUUUCUUGAUCAUCUUCGAAGACUCAUUGUUCAUUAGAGAGACCCUUUUUUGUCGUACAGAUUGUUUUGUAUGUUCUUUUUAACAGAAUGUAACAUUUGUAUAAACAAAAAUAAUAAAAGUUUUUAAAAGUUGAAGGACCAAAAUUGAAUUUUACAACAGUGUAUCUUUUAAAUGCUUAAAAAAGUUAAAGGGGGUCACGGUUUAAACUUAGGCGGUUUGAUUGGAAUGGGCCUCGGCCCACUAUAGAGAGAUUUUUCCGUUUUUUCUUAUGCCUUGUUGGCCAAGGUGAUUUGCGUGUCGUACCCGCAGAGGAAAAGUGUGUAUAUAUACAGAUAUCGACUCUCAGCUUGCAGAGAGAAAGGAAAGAGAAGCAGAGAAACUAGGAAAAGAAGAGACUUUUUUUUGCAGAGAAACCCUGAUUCAGGAAGAGAUGGAUAGCCAGAAGGAGAAGGAGCCAAAAGCUGCAGUUUCUACGACAUCAUCUUGCAGGAAGUAUGCCAAUGAUGACAACGCCACUUUCCUUGCAAACCUCAAAGACCACUUUAACGAGUUCCUCAAUGCCUCUAUGGAUGAACACAAGACUUGCUUCAAAAACACCAUCGACAAGAUAUUCGGGAGGUCAAAGGAGGUUGAGACUAAGGAAGUCGAGAGUCGCCCUCCUCUUUAGGCAGCAGAUGUUCUUUUGAAGUUGUCAUUCUUGUCUGACCUUCAAUGUUCCUUUGCACAACUUGCAAGUUUUUUUUUUGCUUUUUAUUAUCUUAGCUGAACUUGUUUCUAUCAUGUUGCAAAAAUUCUCAAGUGUUGGGUGUUAAUAUAAUCAAAGAACCCGCUUUCUAACCCUUUUUAAAA